CGGCAGGUCCUCGACGUGCUGCCCCUGCGGUCCCUGCGGGGCGCCUCCAGGCAGGGCUUACCGAUCAUGCUGACCGCCCCGCGCCUCAUGGACUUUGAGGCCUUUGCGGCGGUGAGGAAGCCCCGCCUGGACGGCUUCCUGAAGGCGCACCUGGAGCAGCGCGCGGUGGUCCUGCACAACCUGAGCCUGCAGCAGCGCCGGAUGGUCAAGUUCGUGGAGCUGCGCGACCUGAGCCAGACGUCUCCUGCGCUGCUGCUCAGAAGCGGGCGCCCGGUUUUCAAGAGGCUCAAGACCUUCUUCUCGAUCCUGCAGGACUGCUACCCCGAGCUCGUGCACCAGGUGCUCUUCUUCAACGCCCCGGCGGGCGCCGCCAGGCUGGUGGCGAUGCUCUCGUCGAUAUUGAACGCCCGCAUGAUGGCCAAGAUCCGCCUGCUGCCCGUUGCCCAGGCCUACACAGAGAUGACGUGGCGGUUGAACGCCAUGGCCAUCUCGUCCUGGAUGGAGCAGGUGUCGAAGGCCGUUGAUCUGAACACGAUGCGCUUGGCCAGGGGCACAGAGGAGUACGCGGCGCGUUGGCUGGCCAAAGGCCAGACGCUGAGAUGGACCGUAACUGUGCGUGAGAAGGACGUCAGGUUCCAGUACGUGUUUAUCGAGGAGAACUGCGGCGCGCGCGAGCUGGAGCCGCUGCGCAUGGAGGAGACCGCCGUGGUGGCCGGCGCACCCCUGCGCGGCAGCCUGGUCGCCCCGGGCGGCGGCGUCUUCUGGGCCCGCGUCAGCAACGCGUUCUCCUGGCUGGAGUCCAAGCAGUGCGCCCUGCUGCUGGAGUGAGGCCCCGCGCCGCAGGC